GGUGGGUGGGAGGAGGCGGGGGAAAGCGGGGGGAGGCGGGGAGAAGGCGAAAGGAGGCGGACGCCAUAGCUCCUCUUUUCCGCCAUAGCUGCGUGUCUAUGGCGAUCUUCUCGGUUCUCUAAUUUUUAAUCUUGUGCAGAUAUUUAAGGAUAAAUUGGAGAUCUCUUGUCAUAAAUUUUGCUCAAUUACGGCAGUUGGGUUAUAUGUGAGUCACAGUGAGUGCGCUUGGUCUGAUUGCGUGCUGACUCUCUGCUUGCUCCUCAAAUCACAUCUUCACACGUCCGAUAAAUGUUCUAGAGAGAGAGAGAGAGAGAGAGAGAGAGAGAGAGAGAGAGAGAGAGAGAGAGAGAGAGAGAGAGGAGAAGGAGAAGAAGAAGGAGAAGGAGAAGAAGGGAGAGAGAGGAGAGGGGAGGUGAGAAGGAGGAGAGGAGAGUUUUUUUUUGGGGGGGGGAAGGGGGGGGGAGAGGGCCUGGAGGGGAGUCUGAGAUUGCGAAGAGAGUGUCAAAAUAUCGUCGAGUGAGAUUUUAGCUAUGGCGGCAGCUGGUGGUGCAGGCAUGUGUCCUCCUGCUGGAUUUAGUCCGUCGGGGAAUUACUGGAUGAGCAAGACAGAUGGGAGUUGUGUUCGACAAGAGAGUUUUUUCGGAGGCCAACCGUUUCUCGAUCAAUGGGUGGGCUAUGUCAUCGUCCUCGGUUUCGGUCUCUUCUUCAGCGUUCUCAUCACCAUCCUAACAUGGCUGGAAGAGAGAUAUGUGGGAUUGAGAAUGACCUCUGAGUUCUUCAACACGGCGGGAAGGAGCAUCAAAACAGGCCUCACGGCAAGCGUGAUCGUUUCUUCGGUAUUGCACCUGGUGGUAGGUGCAGCUCACACAUGUUCCCUCGUUGGAGGCUUGAGCACAGAUGUGGCUGCUUCGGAGCUCCCCGUAAUACUAUAAUGACAGUAAAGAAAGGCCUGAAAG